AUGAAGUAAGCGGUACCGAUGGUUUGGUUCGCUACGGUAGUCGUUAAAAUCUAUUUAUAAUGGUAAUGAUAUCCCGACGUGCAUAUUUGCAUACGUAAAUGGAAUGUCAUUGUACACCGUCAGCAUCUAACUGUGGGGAGAAUCGAAGAAAGAAGUGCGAUCGUGAUGUCUCUCACUGCUUAUUGUCACUCCGAUGGCAAAAUGAAUCUAAUAAACACAUUGAACAUAUCCAAGAUUGCUGGCAUUGGUCCCCGGAUGAUCCUGAUUGUCCUAAGGAGCCAGGACUGUGUUAUCUUUUAUCUGAAUCGAAAGAAGGGUUUACCAAUUGUUGUUGCAAAGGUCCUCUUUGCAAUGGUGUAGAUAAUAACACCAUAAUAUCGCCGCCUCCCACUCAAGUCAACAGAUCCUUGCUUAUGACAGGGUUAGAUCCCUUUUUUAUCCAGAACUCAAGACCACUCGGAAAUACUCCACUACCAAGGCAAAGUUUUGAUAUACAACAUACGAAUAGCUUCCUUACUCUGAUAAUCACAGCUCCGAUAAUUAUUGGCUUGUUUUUAAUCUUGAUAUUCUCCGUUUUUGCUCUAUUUUUUCCUCGAUGUCGUGUGUGUCGUCUAAAACAGAGCAUGCGGUUCUCAUGGAAGCAUAAAACUUGUACACACUGCGGGAAGUUGUCUGACUUGUAUAGUCCUUUGCAUUGCUUUUCUGUGUGUACACGUGGUCAUACAGUCAAAGAUGAUAUUUCCAAUGGAUCAGUUGCUCAAAAUGAGUAUUUUGGAAUGAACAGUUUAUCUAAACAUCCAAUAACAGGUCUCCGAUGGUUAUCUAGUGAAUGUAUUGAGGUUAGUUUUAUUCAAAAGAUUCUUUGAUAUAUUUAUUCUGAUGUUAGAUUGUCGUUCCAUGUUGAUUGCAUUUUCCGACCAAAUAUUAUGUUCACAGGACAAGUGUGUAUUGUUUUUGUUAUAUGAUUGAAACAACCAUUGAAAAGUAACAAUAUCAGUCUGUUAAGAGUCAGUCAGUGGUCUUGAGUGCUGUUAGAAGUAUGCGGAUGGUUAUCACUUCGCGUUUGCCCGCACCGUGGGUCUGUUGAGUGUAUUCGUGUAUACACGCCCCCGUACCAUUUAUAGCGCAUGGUAUAACGUCUAAAUAGAUAUUGUUCAGUGCAAAGUUUUAGUUAAUGAAGACAAAUGGUUCAAUGAAGUUUAUUGACAUAUGUAAGUUUAAACAUAUAGGAGGAUAAUUGUGCUAGACCUGAUUUGAGAAGAAAAAGGUAGGAAGGUUGAGGCUAAUUUCCCUGAAAAUAUAGGGUAACUAGAUGGGACCAUCGAUUAUUGAUUCGAUUCGGCAUAGAACAAAGCAGUGUUUCAGUCCGUCACCUACAAUGUAGAACCAGGCACAUAUAUGCAUCGGUCCAAGUUGCCAUACCUCACUAGCACAACACAGUGAACACCAAAUUCGCAGAAGCAGAUACUUAAAUGAUACUAAUAUAUAAAACAAAGAUUGCAUAUAAAAAUAUGAUACAGAGAGAAAGAAUCAGUUCGUAGAAAGAAAAGCAACAACAUAAUUCUAAUCUCACGGUUUCAGGGAAAACAAAGAGUGUAUACACCUACGCCAUUGUGAUUGAUUCUAAGCCGUCACACAGAGUCUCGAACCAUUGGUUACGAUAGUCGCGCGGACCCCAACCAAAUAGUCUGCAUCUAACAACAUGGCUCAGAUCAGAAGUUAGUGACCUCAUGGAAUGAUGUCACGUUUUGAUUUGGACGCUCUUAAAUUUCUUCCAACCGUCUCCAACACUAGUCAGCAUUGCGCGUCGUGGUCAUCGGUGUUCAGACAUACGCAACACGUGGCCUAACCAUCUCAGUCGAUGUAGGUUCACAACCUCAUCAACUGAUUUACCAUUAUCCCCUAAUACCAUGCGUCUGACCUCACUAUUACUUACCUGGUGAUCCCAGCAGAUGCGAGCAAUAUUUCUAAGACAUCUGUAAUCAAAUACUAGUAACUUACGAGUAUCCUCUACCAUUAAUGGUCACGUUUCGCAGCCGCAAAGUAAAACAGAACGAACUGCUGUGUGGUAUACUGGUUAUUUAUUUGAACACAUAAAUAUUGGUACAAAGAGGCACCGAAUAUAUAUGCGCCGCAUGAUUUGUAUGUAUACUGGUCCCUUGGUUGAGACGGAUAUCUCGCCUUUGCUAUAAGUGACGUAAGUUGGCAAAAGCCAAACGAGCUUUUUGAAUCCGGGUAGAGAUUCCGUCAGACAUCAACCCAUUAGGGCUGAUCAGACUUCCGAGAUAAGUGAAGUUGUUGACGCCUUAGACUUCUUCACUCUUUAUCGUUAGCUCGGGUGUUGAAGCAGGCAUGUCUUGAAGGAACAAUUUGCAUUCAAAGGGGGAGAAACACAUUGUAGACAUCCUGGCGCUGUUUUUCAGUGCUUCCAUGAGACUCUGCACUUUACCAGUGUCUUCGCUAAACAGUGCUCCGUCAUCUGCAUAUUCUUGGUCGAUAAGUGGACCUCCUCGAACGAUAUCAAUUCCUGAAAAUUCAGUCGACGAGAACGUCAUUUCCAUCAGUUCGUCUAUGAUGAAUUUAAAGAAAAAUGGAUAUAGUGGACAGCUUUGCCGGACACCACUUGAGGUUGCAACAUCAGAUGACAGUUCUCCACAAGCUCGGACUCUACUGAUAGUGUUCGAGUAAAGAGCCCUCACGAGGUUUAUAUACUUCUGAGGUACACCUUCCAAUGACACACUGCCACGGACCCUCUCGGUCUACAAAGUAAAGUGCUGCUUUUAAGUAAAGAAAAACUCAUUUUCGGACGCCUAUGAGUAUGCCUGUGUUCUAAAACUUGACGAAUGGUGAAUAUGUGGUCGGUACAGCCACAACCAGGUCUGAAGGCAGCCUGAUUUUCUCGUGUUUGCAGUACACGAAUCUUUGUUAGGCGCGCGAUAAUUGCUGAGGCUAGUAUUUUAGAUACUAUGUUAGUCAAACUAAUCCCCCUAUGGUUGUCACAGGAUGAUUUGACCCCUUUUUAUAUAUUGGGACAAUAAGUGAUUGUGACCAGUCAGAUGGGAUUACGUCCAACUCCCAGAUUUUAGCUAAAAUAUUAGUCAACCUAAUCGCUAGAACUGGAUCACCAUACUUAAAGACUUCUAGAGCCAAUCCAUUUGAACCAACUGCUUUUCCUCAUUUCAGAUUAGCUAUAACCUUUUAAACUUCAGUUAAAGUCGGUGGGGGGGGGAGAACCUACUUCAAUGUUCCAUUCACACUGUCUGGGAAUGAUGGGUAGUUGUAAAGUAGUUGAAGUCCAGCCGAACUGCUUCUUAAAGUGUUCCGCCCAUCGUUCUAAACAUCUGGUAUCUUCUUUUUCCGAGAUAGUAUCACUUACACUUGACUUUUUAGUUCCAGUUUCUUUCAUUAGUCUGAAAAGCUAUCUUGUGUUACCUACAACUUCUGCCUUUUCCAUCUCUUUUGCUUUCGUUGCCCACCACUGAUCACGGUCGUUCCUUAGACUUUUGGUUAACCUAGAUCUGAUUUGUUUUCGUUCUUCAUCGUGUUCAGAGCCUGAUGGGAUGAGUUUACGAGAAUCCAUCAGUGCAAUGGACUUAGUAGAAAUCCAUUGGUUUUUUGUAACCCUUUGGUUCGAAUCACUAAUAGAUGUUUCUGCUGUUUUCACAUCUGUUUGUGUAUCUUUGCAAGCAACAUCUGGAUCGGCCUCAUUUCAUGAAUCACCCAACAAUGGACUCAUUUGUUCCUGGAAUCUACUUUUGGCUUUCUCGUCACUAAGUUAAAUUCUAAUGGGUCUUCUUAAUGUAUUUGUUUGAGUUCAGUGAGGCGCAAGCAAAUGCGUGUUCGUAUUAGUGCAUGAUCGUAGUCCAAACAGGUAUUCAAGAACGAGUGACGGCCUUCUAUCGAGCCUCUCCAACGAUGAAUGAUGGCAAUAUGGUCUAUUUGAGUCCAUCAUUGGUUUGGUGCAAGGGGUCGCCAUGUUAGACGAUGUCUCUCCUUAUGCUUAAAAUUAGUGCUUGUUAUAAAUACACGAUUGUCUGAGUAUAUUUGCAGCAGACAGUCACCAUUAUCUGUUCGCUGAGCCGGAGUAGCCCACCUAAAUAUCUCUUUGUUUGGUUUAAGCUACCCUCUUUGGCAUUAAAGUCACAUGCCACGAGUAUUAUGUCGGGGUGUUUAGCUUUUUGCAGAAAACGUUCUGUAAAAUUAGUCUUUCACUUCAUUCGGGCUGCAAUCAGUAGAAGCGUAGUCAGAAACGACAAAAAGGCAAUGACGUCUGUUCCUAUCCUUCGGAGUUUUUACGGAGCUGUUUUACUGGACUGCGUAUAGGUGAGUUAACAGAGAUCAAUUCUAAAAGUGCUUGUUCAGCCCUCAUACUUAGUGCUAUGCAUACACCCACCAAGGUCGAGUGAAUGACUACAGUAGGAUCCUUUAUGUGUGCUUCGGUGACACAGCAUACAUCAAUAGUACGAGAUUCUAGGGUUUUAGCCAAGGAGACCUGCUGGCCGAUAUGACAUAGGGUAUGUACGUUAAAGUCUCAUGUGUAGUUUGGAGCGAGGUUUCAGUAGACCUGGAACAGUGUUUUGCGCACUAGAAUCGUUGGCCAUGAUGACACUUGAGGAGGAAGUUUCGAGUUAAUAGUUGAGGUAGAAGGAAUAAUAGGAAUUGAAGAAGGAAAUUGAUUGUGAAUACCAGGGGUCUUGAGCACUGUUAGAGGUAGAAGGAUGGUUAUCACUUCCCGGUUGUCCACAUAGUGGAAGAGUUCUAGAGGUAUCUGAAACGGAAAUUGGGUUAGAGUUGGUUUUAGUGACCUAAGAGCAUGACCGCAGUGCCCAAGAGACGACUGCUUGAGGUCAGUCACACACGACCUUUUUGUGGGUAAUUUCUGUGUUAGCUCCGUACUUGUUGAGACCUUAGCGCUGGAGACGGAAAUUCAUGGGAUAUGGUGAGGUGUGCAUUUUUAGGGUCGACCUUAUCUAACCCCAAAUUUCCUUUGUAGGAACGCAGCUUCGCUGUUAUGCUGCUCUGAAGGAAACACUUUACUGCCGUCACAUCUCUGUACAGUCAGUAGUAUGACUUCUCCCUCGGACCUUGGGUUUGCUGAUUUUAGUCUUACCAUUCUUCAACCGACCUUCCUGACAUUGUAGGACCUUGAGGAACGCUUGCUCCAGCCAGUAUAACCCGAUUGCUUCAUCACGAUAAGCAAGCACCAAGCACCACGUCAAGGUAGCAGGAACGGCCGGAUAGCAUUUAGAAAAAUAUCACGAAAUAAAAUCCUCGUUGAUUAAGUUACGUUCACUGUAUGGUUCAUUCUAGCGAUAAAAAACUGCGAUACUGGUACUCAUAGAUUGAAUAAGUUCAAAUAAUACUUGUUUUGUCAUGUUCACCGAUUGCAACGUAGAAAUCAUUCUGUGCACCGGUUAUUGAAACGAUUAAUUGAUUAGCUCAAUUGUAACUAUUAGGUGAUCUAAAACCGAAAACGUGUAUGCAUUUUUCGUGAUUCCCGGUGCAUAUCGGUGACAAAGACUUGAAUAGUCUUGAACCAUGGUUUCUCAAUAGUUCGCUGAUAUAUUAAGUCAAUAUCCUAUGUUUCUAGAAAUAUGGUCCCAUUUGUCUGUUCACUUCAUUUCUCAAUUAUUUUCUAUGAUGAAUUAUUAGUGUAACUGACACUUAGCGAUUGCAUUAUUGCGUUAACUUCAAACUCAACAAAUAUAAAAAUCGCUUUGGUUUUAUGAAUUCUUACUCGUAUAUUAGUUGUGCUCAUUCAUAAAGAAAGUUGAGUUAAAAGCUCACGGACGUUUUGGCCAAGUAUGGCUCGGUCGAUUUUCUUCACCGGAUGAUCAGAACGAUUUUAAUCUAAAUUCAUCACAAUUAUCAUUAAAUAAGAACAAAAAAGAAAUCGAUGUAGCUAUAAAAGUAUUCACGUCAAAUGAGAAACGUAGUUGGGAAACAGAAGUUGCACUUUUUAAUGUUCCAGGUUUGGAACAUAUCAAUAUUCUACAAUAUUAUGGUGCAGACCAGGUCAUUGUGGAUAAUUCUAUUGGUGAAGAUAAACUAGAGUAUUGGUUAGUAACAGAAUAUCAUCCAUUAGGCAGCGUAUAUGAUUAUCUUCAUGCAUAUGAUAUACAGUGGAUAGAUUUAUUAAAAAUUUGUAUUGGUAUUGCUCAAGGUUUAGCUCAUCUACAUAUGGAAAUUCCAAAUCUUUCAAAACCUAGUAUAGCUCAUCGUGAUUUGAAUUCUCGCAAUGUGCUAUUAAAGUCUGAUCUUACUGCUUGUAUUGCUGACUUCGGUUUGGCAAUUCGUUUUGAGGCUGGCCAGUGUAUGAGAGAUGCACAUUUGCAGUUGGGUACUCGUCGAUAUAUGGCGCCUGAAGUGUUAGAUGGCGCUAUUCAGUUUUCAAAGGAUGCAUUUCUUCGUAUCGAUAUUUAUGCAAUGGGUUUAGUGUUUUGGGAAUUAAUGAUGAGAUGUUGUUGUGGUUCUAGUAAAAAUGCAACAAUUCAUAUUACUAGUUAUUUAGCACCAUAUGAAAUAGAAUUAGGUCCACAACCAUCAAUGGAAGCAUUACAACGAUGGGUAGCACAUGCUAAACAACGACCUAAAUUUAAUCCACAAUGGGCAUCAGAUGGGGGUUUAUGUACAUUGUGGGAAACAAUUGAAGAAUGCUGGGACCAAGAUGCAGAAGCACGUCUUUCAGCUGGUUGUGUAACUAAACGUUUGACUACAUUGCUCCGUCUAUCUGUUAUUAAUCAACAAUACAAUGAUAGCUAUAUUAAUAACAGUAAUAAUAAUGAUAGUAAUGGCAUUAACGAGAAGGAUAAUAAUAAUAAUGAUAAUAACACAGUGCUGAGUAAUUAUCUUACUAACAGUCAGCAAACAGAUUGUAAUCCACCACCACCAUACUACUACUGUUACUAUUCUCCAUGUAUUACUAACAGCACUACUACUACUGCUUCUGUUACUACGACCACAUUGAUGGACGUUUCUAAAGAUUUAUGCAAUGGUAGAUAUACUACUACAUCUUUAAUGAAUUAUUCUAGGAAGGAGGAUAUUGGUGUCUACAAUUGCUCAGAUGUUCUAAGUACUACUACUACCGAUAACAUUAAUAAUGGUAAUAAUGAUAAGAGUAAUACUAUACUAACUCGUGGUAGUACUGGAUGUCCACCGACAAUUUGUCUACCCUAUUCUAUGAAUAUUAAUUUCUCUACACUUACAGAUCAUAGAUCUAAUAAGAUCAAUAGUGAAAUAUUACAAUGUAAAAGAAAAAAUCAAACAUUAUGCUUUAAUGAUAUAUUAAAUCGAACAGAAGAUCAAAUACAGUGUGAUAGUACAGAAUAUUUAAAACCAAAUCAACAGAGUAAAACAAUAGUUAACGAAGAGCAAUCAACAGAAUAUCAAAAGUUAUUAUCUUCUGUUUCUAAUAUGAAAUGAUCAUCAGCCUCCUUAUUAUUUGUAUUGUACUUAUGGUUACAUUUUAAAGAAAGUGUAUGUAAACAAAUUUUUGAAGCGUUUUUUUCUGUCUUCUCUUUUUUCUUGUUGAAUAUUUUUUUGUACUAUGUAUGUGUGUAUAUGUUCAAUGGACAACUUUUUCGGCUUUUAAUUAUAAAUAAUCGCGUGUAAUUUUUAAGCGCCCUUUUUUGUAUACAUGUUUCUCUGUAUUGUCCUUUUUGGUGUACUUUUCUCUAUGUUUUCUCUUAAUUUACAAGCAACUUAAGCUAAUUUUACUCGUUACAUUUUAAAGAAUCGAUGAAACUAAAUCUUUUCUAUCUGAAAAAAUGUAUUAAUUUGCUUCCCCUCCUCCUAUCUCUUAUUCUUCACUCCUUCCCACCGGACAUUAUGAAACAUGUAAAUAUUUAGCCUCAGAUCUGUUGUGUACUACUAGUAGUAUUAAUAAUGGCAUCCUUUACAGCACAAAUAUUUUAUUAAAUGAUCAUUGUCAAUAUGAAAAUAAUUCAACAGUAACACGCCUACAACCAUUUACACUGGACUGAUUGAUAUCCAGCGCUGGUCUUUCUAAACAUUAAAGAGAUUAAACGUCAGUUUAUUUUCAUUCAGUUUUCAAUCCUGUUUUUUUCAGCUCCCUGAUGUAUUCUUAUGUACAUAUAUAUAUCUAUUUUUAUAUAUCCCGGUGAAAUUCCUUCAUUUCUCUUAGUAUGAUAUUUUUUGGUGUUAUGUAUGUUUUAUUUUGUCUCCAUUUGAUGUGAUGUCUUUUUUGACUGUUUUCCAAUCAUUCUAUGAUUCUAUUUUCAGUAGUGAAAAAAACUUCAAAAAUAUUAUUAUUAUUAUUUGUUUUUGACAUACUACUUCAAAAUCACUGCAAGUAGUUUGUGUAAAUAGUUUUAUCAUUGUUGUUAAUGAUAAUGCUUGAAAAUUAUGUGCUUUUCUCCUCAAUAUUCUCUGUUUAUUUUGUCGUGCCUUCCUCCUUCUUUGUGUUUUCUUCUACAGACAUCUUGAUUUCUCUUUUUGCUGCUCAGCUUGUAAUAAUAGAGUCUUAAAAGAUUAGGAUAAUCAAACAGCUUUAAUUAGUUUUUGUUUCUGUUAUUCUAAGCCAAAUUAGCUUCAUUCUUAUUAUUAAUAUUAUUCGAGAAUGAGAACGACGUCACAAUAGCGAGGAAUUCUGUUUCCUUUCGGUGUAUAUUAAUCAUUUCGUCUACUUUGUGUGUGUGUAUUCAUUUCUCACUCUUCUUUUCCAAUUGGACUUCUCAUUUCCGGUCAAACUUUUAUUUCAUUCGCACACCGUUUGUAGAAAAAACCCAGUAAAAUUGAUUAAAAUCCAUAGAUUUGUUUUAAUUAUUGUAAAAAAAUAAUUUUUUCUUUGUAUGAUGAUAAUAGUUGGUUGAUUCCGUUACAUUCUGUCUAGUUCGGAAAUUUUCAUGAGCAUAGGUUCGGAUGAUCAUGUAAAUUUCAUGAGUUAACUUGGUUUGAAACAUUUCAAGGGAUGGGUUUUGGUCUUCGACUAGAUGACUACACUUGACAAUAUUGAUCAAGAACCAGAACAUGGAAGUGAUGAAUUAGUUUUGUCAGAAAAUAAAGAAAACACGACUAGUGAUAAUCAUGAAACAGAUCAGUCCAUAGGACAUAUGCGUGAUGAAGCCUUAAGGCGUAAAGAACGUCUAAAGCAAUUACGUAUGAAAAAUGCAUCACAUAAAAGUAUUAUACACUUAAACAAUAGCGAUAAUGGAGAAUUACCCAAACCGAUAUUUCGAAAUUACAAACCACAGUCAGAAGAAUUAAAAGAUGGUGAAUUGCCUGCUGGUAAACCGGUAGAUCUGAACAAGCACAUCAUUGCACAACUGGAAGCUGCCGAUGCACCAGUUAUUGUUGAUGAAGUUAAUUUGGCAAGUCUUGCACCUCGUAAACCUGAUUGGGAUUUAAAAAGGGGUGUUGAGAAGAAAUUGCGUAAAUUAGAACGUCGAACUCAACGUGCUAUCGCUGAAUUAAUCCGUGAACGUCUUCUUGAAACAAGUGUCGACUACACUGAGACAUAUGCAAACCAUCCGAAAUCAAUUGAAUAAUGAAUUGUCUUUUGAACCUUGUAUUAUUAUUAUUAUUUCGUAUAAAAUAUACUUGUGCAUAUUGAUUCAUGAUGAAAAGUUGUUAUAUUGUUGUGUACGGACGAUUAAUGUGUCUCGGAAAUCGCAAAAUUUAUUUGUUGUUGUCGUUACCACCCUGAUGGUGAAACUUCUCUGACUGGCUGUUCUUCCAAUUAUGGUGCAUUAGCUUUUUCUUGUCAAAGAACUACUCCGAGGCCGAAGGUUUGAGCCUCAUUCCACCUACUUCGGUUCUGUCUACCUAGGUUGUGACGUUGUUUCUCAGUCAUGGAACAAUAAGGUUUGAAUUCGAGUAAAGCAGCUGUAUUUAGUAACUGAAUUGUUAUGUUCUCUACUUGAUUACAGCUGUCGGCAUUUGAACUCAGAGAAACCGCCGCAGUCGCAAAUCAAAAACGAAAGAAAGCAGUAGGAGUGGUCAUUGAAUUUUUUUAUUGGACUUUUUCAUCGCAACACACAACUAAAAUGCGUGAUUUUACAUAAUCUGUCAACCUUUCAGGCGAAUAACGUUGAAUGAACUUGUUUGAUAAGUAAGCUGUACAAAUGCGAUUUAUCAUGUAAACAAAUUCAAAGUGAAUAACAUAUUCAGACCAGAUAGUUGAUGGAGUAUAAUUAACAUGUUUCAAAAUACAGUAAUGUAAUCACUGCUUUUUAUGUGUCAGUCCCCAUCACUUCACAUUAACAAUAUAAAAUAUACAAAAUAACAAUAAAUGCUUGAAUACAUGGAGAUAUGGUUUGUUGUUAAACUUAUCAAAAGGAAGUCGAUAACAAUAAUAACAAAUUGGAAAGAGUGCGGAAUUGACGAAUUGUAAUUUGAUAAAUGAUUAGUUCCGUUAAAACGGGUCAGUAUCAAAGCAAAUUAUGCAACAUACAGUCACAUCUUCAUCAGUUGGGUACUUCCACAUUUGAAACUAAAAUACAAUAAUUAUAUUAUGAAAUUCGCUAUACUGGAUCAUCGUGUUCUAAUCAAUGAUUAACAAUUUAUUUGGUUGAACAAUUCCUAAUAAAUACAAAAUUGUUGACUGUUUGAAUCAUAUUGGAUGUAGUGCAUUUCUGAAAAGUGUACAAUCUUUCAUUGUACAAUAUACAAUAUCAUGGUUUCUAACAAUAUGCAUCGAAAAGAAUAUACAUUAUUUAAAUGUCGAUUGACUGGACUGCUAACUUCUAAUUGGGAAUCAUUCAAUAUAUAUUGUCAGGGAUCGUCUAAGUAGUAAGAAACGGAAACUUGUUGAAAUACUUUAUGCUGAGAAUUCUAUAUUGUAUCAAAGAUAUAAAUAUUGAGUAAAGCUAAUAAUCAUAACAACAAUUUUAAAUUGAAUAGACUUCUAUCUGAAGUUUGUGCUGAUGAUGUCGUUCAGAAGAAUGAUGAAAGCUCCAAGACCAAACCAUCCAGCUCAGAGAACAAAACUCCACCAGAAUUAUAAAACAAUUAGGUUUCUUAUAAUGUUCAAGUUUAUUUUAAUAAAAUACAAAGUACAUCAUAAAAACUGAAUAUAAAAAAUAAACAGGAAGUUAAUGGAUGUAUUUUAACUAAAUAAAAAACUUUUUUUUGGCUUUGUGUACAUUAUUAUUAUUUUCUUUUUAUUUAUUUCUUUUUCUCUUUUUUCUUUUCUCUCACUAUCUCUCUAUUUUCUAGCUGAGCUAAGAUAAUUAGUCAAGUGAACUAAUCAGCUAACUUAACUCAUUAAAAAAAGUUUUCUUUUUCUUUUGUUUUUGCUUUUCUUUUCUUUUUUUCUUUUUUUAACACCCGUUGUAAUAUUUUACACCUACAUUAAAGUAAUUAUCAUCAAAAUGAUUACUUAUUUAUUAUUUUUCAAAUGAUUGUUGUCGAAAAGAAUUCUUUAAUUGGAUUCAUCUAAUUGAUGUGAAUAUAUACAUAAUAGAAAUAUUUUUUUAAAUUAAUGAUUUUCUACACGAGAUCAACAUUGAAGGAUUAUUAAGAGAGAAAGAGAGAGAUUGAAGAAAAAAAGAAGGUGUAAAUUAGGAAGUUCACUAAAGAUACCUUCUAUUUUGAUUUUCUUAUAAUGAGAAAUAAAUAAACAAACAAAAAAGAAAGAAAGAAAGAAACUAAUCGAC